GGGCGUAGAGAAUAGCAGAACAACAACAAAACUGGAAGGUUUGGGCUGAGACAGAAGAUUUCUUCUUUCGUUAAAAGAUGUUUUAAUUUUUCUAUUCUUCUUGAUCCUGCAACAAACGACAAUGGACGCUUAAAAGGAACGGUGUCUUUUUGCACCUCCAAAACACCAAUUUGGCUUUUCUUUUAUGUUUUUUUUCAUUUACUUUUGAAAAGCAGGAAAUUAAUUUCCCGUCAAAGAUGAAAGAUUUGUGUGGCCAGGAGCUAAAUAAUGAAGUAUUCAGACUCCUGAAGCAGCUAAAUCUGCAUCUGGAACAGGAAGUGAAUUUUCUGCCAAAAGAAGCCGGACUGAACCUGCUUGAAGCUGCACCCGAGAAUGAUAAGAGCAUGUCGGCCAAGCAAAGAGAUGCUCAGGUUGAAGAUCUCUGGAGCCUGACUAAAUUCUUUGGUUUCAAUACCGAGACAUUUGUCCUGGCUGUUAACCUGCUUGAUCGCUUUUUGGCAAAGAUGAAGGUGCAGCCUAAACAUCUGUCCUGCAUUGGCAUCUGUUGCUUCAACAUCGCAGCAAGAGUGGUUGAGAAGGAAUGCAAUAUUCCAUCUACACAUGACAUCAUUCGCAUAAGCCAAUGCAAAUGCACUAUUUCUGACCUCACACGAAUGGAGAAGAUCAUUUCAGAAAAACUGAUGUUUCAGUUUAAAGCUAUAACUGCCUUAACAUUUUUGCACUUGUACCAUGCUGUUGCACUUUCACAUACCUCAGAAAGAAAAGAGAUUCUGAAUCUUGAGAAACUUGAAGCCCAGCUAAAAGCCUGCCAUUGCCGACUUGUGUUUUCUAAAGCAAAACCUUCAGUAUUAGCCCUUUCUCUCCUCACCCUUGAAAUAGAAUCCUUAAAAUCACUCGAUCUUUUUGAGAUUGCACAACGUGUACAGCAAUAUUCAAAGAUUGAUGAUAAAGAAUUGUUUUACUGGAGAGAACUGGUAUCUAAGUGUCUGGCAGACUAUUCCUCACCCGAAUGUUGCAAACCCAACCUCAAAAAGCUUGUCUGGAUUGUUUCCCGGAGGACUGCUCAGAAUCUUCAUAGCAGCUACUAUAGCGUCCCAGAGCUUCCCACUAUUCCAGAGGGAGCCUGGGAUGAAAGUGAAAGUGAGGAUUCUUGCGAGGAUAUGAGCUGUGAAGAAUCUGAGUAGUCCUUUUGUCAGCCUUGGAAAGACUUUUUUUUUCUAGAUGUCCCAAACAACUGUUUGUAAAUCUGCGCAAAUCUUUCAGGAUCUUCUUGCUUCAGGGCUCAGAACAGAAGUCGCACAUAAAGCAUACGUUCUUUUUCCUAAGCUACCUGCCAGCACUUAAUUUUGGGCUGAAAGUGCCUGUUUUUACUUUUUUUUUUCUCCCUCUCUCUCUUUUUAAAUGAUAUCUCAAGAUGAAAUUGUUGGCAGCUGACUAUAAUUCUAGUUAUGUCUUGUUUUAAGAGAGUGUUUCUUACUGAGGCAAUACUUUUUUAAUAGAUAAGUAGAACUUCUUAUACUUUUAAAUGGAGAUGUAGUAACAGUGUGUAUUUUACAAGAAUAUGUAAAACAAUCAAUGUACUUUCACAUUCCUAAAGGUGAACAAGGCACACCGCUGCAGUAGCAAUAGUUGUUAGGUUGCUAAAAAUGAACUUCUUGAAAACCUCUUUUUUACUACCAGUCACAAUGCCAAAAUGGUUUCUUUGCACAUUACAUUUAACUUUCAGGGUGAUGGUUUUCAUUUACAGAACCUGAAACUGUGCCUACUCCUUUAUGAUGUAAGUUUUAGGGACCAUUCUAUUGUAAAAUAGUACACCGCUAGUAAAGCUGUGUAUGUUGUAAACCGGGGGGAGAAGCGUAACACCAGUUGGCUUCCAAGAAGUUUACUGUGUAUGGUGCUGAAAUGAUUGCUUGUUUGUGUCACUGCAGAAUGAAUUGUCGGUUUUGUUUAGAUUUAAAACUUGUUUUAUUAGUAAUUUUUGCAUGAUUAUAAAAAUACUGUGUAUGAUAUCUUAAUGUGAAGAAGUGAGUAAACGGUUGGGGAUUCUCACAUAGGAGAGGCAAGAUGUGGGUUUGUUUUUUUUUUUUUAAUUUUAUUUUAAUAUAAAGUGUUUUUGGCAUGUAUGAAACGUGACAUGUAAAGGUUCUGGGAGUGUUUUUAGUUUUUUUUUUUCUCCAAAACAAAAAAAUACAAAAUAUAUUUUAAAAAUGUUAAAAUGCCACAAAAUGUAAAUUAAAAAAGUGUUAAAAUGUAUAUAAAAAGCACACGGAUGUAUACAAUGGUUUUUAUUUAAAUGUAAUCGUCCUGUAGCAUUAUGUAUAGUUGCCUGUAGAUAUUAACUUAUUGUAUAUUGUUCAUAGUUAUAAAUAUUGUAAUUUUUAGUUUCUCAUGAUGUACAUAAAACUGCAGAGUCUUUAUUCAAAUUAAACUAAUUUUAUAUUUAAA